GGGAAUGCCAAAGUCAGACCACCAUCCCGGCCGCACCGUGAUUGCCGCUUGAAAUGCUGGUCUAGUCCUUCCCACUCAACAAGAGGAUAAAGAUUGCUCAUGUGCAAUGAGUGAGAUAAUAAUAGGCAUCCGAAGUUCCGAGGCUCUUAGAUAUAAACGAGACCACUAAAGAAGGUUGGGAAUCUGCAUUUCUGGCACUGACACUUCUGUUCAUUUUAUCAAAGAUGCCGACGUUCUUAACAGCUGUGAAAGCGUCUCAGCGCCUUGACUCUCGCGGCAAGCCCACGGUACAAGUCGAAGUUGAAGCCAGCAACGGGAGAUUCCGCGCAAUCGUACCUUCGGGCGCAUCCAAAGGGGAUUAUGAAGCGAUCGAGCUGCGCGAUGGGAGUGAUGCGUACGGCGGAGCUGGAGUCCAGCAAGCCGUAAAGAACGUGCAAGAGAUCAUCGGUCCCGCGCUUCUGGGCAGGAAAUAUGACCUAGAAGCUGGCUUGAAAGAGAUUGAUACCUUUCUGAUCAACCUAGAUGGCUCCCCAGACAAGAGUAAACUGGGUGCGAAUGCUAUUCUGGGUGUCAGCAUGGCUUGUGCCAGGGCAUGUGCAGCUGCGAAGAAAAUUCCGCUGUAUGACUUUCUGGCCAGCGAGGUUCGACCUUCUACCCAGCAGUACAUCAUGCCGGUCCCUUUCUUCAAUGUGCUCAAUGGCGGUGUCCACUCAGGGAAUACAAUGGCAUUUCAAGAGUUUAUGAUCGCACCGACAGGUGCUGCCUCUAUCACUCAGGGCAUCCAAUGGGCGAGCGAGGUGUAUCAGGCGUUGAAAUCAAUGAUUAUCGAGAAGUUUGGCAAAGUAGCCACGGGCAUUGGCGACGAAGGGGGUUUCGCGCCGCCCAUAACUCAACCUUCUGAAGCGUUGGAUCUCAUAAUGGCCUCCAUCAAAGCCGCAGGACAUGAGAGAAAGAUAAAAAUAGGUAUUGAUCCGGCCUCAUCGGAAUUCUUUGGCGAUAAAUGCUACGACUUGGGUUUCAAGUCCGACAAGCCCAGAAAACUCACCAGUACAGAAUUGUCGGAUUUGUACCGGGAGCUGGUCGAGAAGUACCCAAUCGUCUUGUUGGAAGAUCCUUUUGCGCAAGACGACUGGGAAUCAUGGAAGGCUUUUCAUGCUGUUUCUAAAGACCAUAAUGUGGAGUUGGUCGGCGAUGAUCUCCUGGCGACUAACAUCAAACGCAUAGAGAAGGCCGCGGAAGCUGACGCAUGUGACUCUCUACUCUUGAAGGUAAACCAAAUUGGAACAGUGAGCGAAGCUAUUGCCGCGGCAGCCCGGGCGUACGAACUUGGUUGGUCAGUUUUUGUGUCCCACCGCUCUGGAGAAACAACGGACGACUUCAUCGCUGACCUUUCCGUCGGGAUUGGCUGUGGCCAUCUAAAGGCUGGUGCACCCUGCCGUGGCGAGAGAGUGGCUAAGUACAACCGGCUUAUGGAUAUCGAGGAGGAACUGGCGGCAAAGAAAGUAGACUACUCUUACGCCGGAGAGUCGUUCCGAUAUGCCUAUUCCGGUGGUCGGCACUGAUAUGGAUCAAUUGUCUCAGGCUGUGUAGCUUUCAUGCACCCAUAAGCUAUCUCUUGAGGAAGAACCACUUGUCCAAGUCCUGUCCCGUCGAUUGAAGCCCAUUUUCAUCUGCAGAGUUGUUGAAAUUCAAGAAUCUAUUACUUUUCUUUCCCCUGACAACACUUAUGGCACCUGCAGACGCCUGGCCAUCAAUCAGUUUUUCCCAUGCAUGUCGACAUUCUUCGACUAUUGACAUUGCAUAACUACUGUUAUGUCAGUGAAAGAAGCAUGACUGAUUUCGGGUACAAGAGAAGGAGGUGGUAUGAAGACCCCAUAUCGUGUGCAUAGUAAGACUCACUGCUUAUCUCCAAACUCUUCGUUCAAGGCGAUUUUGUUUGGUUCUUUCCCGUCGGGAACUUUGUAGAGCUUGAACCAGUCUCGUGUUGCCUCCAAAAGCCCUGGAAAAUGCUGUUGU